CGCAACAUGGCGCUCGUGCCGUGCCAGGUGCUGCGCGCCGCCAUCCUGCUCUCCUACUGCUCCAUCCUGUGCAAUUACAAGGCCAUUGACAUGCCCGCGCAUCAGACCUAUGGAGGCAGCUGGAAAUUCCUGACCUUCAUAGACCUGGUUAUCCAGGCUGUCUUUUUUGGUAUCUGCGUAUUGACCGACCUUUCCAGCCUUCUCACCAAGGGGAAUGACAGCCAAGAGCAAGAAAGGCAGCUGAAAAAGCUCAUUUCCCUCCGCGACUGGAUGAUGGCUGUUUUAGCUUUCCCCAUUGGAGUGUUUGUUGUAACAAUGUUUUGGAGCAUCUAUAUCUAUGACCGGGAGCUGGUUUACCCGAAGCUGCUUGAUAAUUUUAUACCAGCAUGGCUAAAUCAUGGAAUGCAUACAACAGUUUUGCCCUUUAUAUUGAUCGAGAUGAGAACAACACAUCAUCAGUACCCCAGCAGGACCUGUGGACUGGCUGCAGUUUGCACCUUUGCGGUUGCCUAUAUUUUAUGGGUGUGCUGGAUUCACCAUGUUACGGGAGUGUGGGUGUACCCACUUCUUGAGUAUCUCAGCCCAGGUGUCAAAAUAAUCUUCUUCACAGCUGUUACCAUAAUAAUUAACAUUUUCUACUUGCUGGGAGAAGUUCUGAACAACUACAUAUGGGAUACCCAAAAAUGUAUUGAAGAAGGAAAGGAAAAGCCUAAAUUGGAGUGAACAUUAAAUGCAACAUGGAGGAUUUUUUAAUGACUCCAUGCAAGAUUUCUCAUCGCCAGCAGAGGUUGUCAUGGAGAGGAAUCUUUUGGAAACAAGACAGUAAUCAGCCUCUACUCAAUGCAAAAAGGAUAUCAAAAGGAUAUUUUGGGUGGUUCUGUGGAAAAUAAUAAUGAUUUUAGCUAUGAACACUAAUUAUGUUUCAGUCUCCCUCCCUAUUUCUUCAUGCUGCAUGUGACAUGCGUAUGGAUGUGUAUUUAUCUCCACAGCAUUCUCAACAUGGAUUACUUGCAUCAGAGAAGUCAUCAAACCAUUAAGUUUUUCCACUUGCAUCAUGGAGUCCAUUCCUAAUAUCAUUUGAGAAAAGCUUAACCAGAUAGGUCUAAUGUGGGAGAAAAAAUAAUGCUGUACUUUAAAGUACUGUGUAAAGAUCUGUUAAAAGUUGAUUGCAUGAAUGUAUCUGAAGAAGAAUUCAAUCCGACUGAAAUAUUAAUG